UGAUUCCUGCGCUCGUUCUUAGAGGUAGCUGCUAGAUCCAAGGGUCCGAACGUACAGUAGGCGGGUCCCUUACUCCGUUCCAUGGUUGGUGUCUAUGGGUGUCAAUGGCUAGUAACGGAGAGAGGUAUGCCCAACUGUACGGUAGGAACAGUGAUUGGUUGGUAACGCAGAGACGUAUCGCCAACCAUACGUUCGGACCCUUGGAUCAAGCAACUACCUUCUUAAAAACUCUUUUGGGUACAGCUGCGUACUGGCGCGUCAAAACAUUGCGUCUGCACGACUUGCCAGAGCUGGAGAAGACAUUUGCCGAAAGGAAUGCGAAUGGGCGCUUAGAAUUGGCAGUUCAACGAGGAAAACGAGAAGGUGCUACUUUUUUUAGUGGUGAACAUUUUUUUCUUCAUUUCAAAGGUUCGUGCCUCCCUCCCCGCCGCCCACCACGGCCCUCACCUGUGUCCUGCGGUGCUUCCCAUGCGAGCCGACCUGGGCCGGCAGCCCCUUCUUGCACCGCCCGCCCACCCCACCCAUGGUCCGGAUGACGCGCUCCAAGACGUUCCAGGCGUACCUGCCGAGCUGCCACCGGACGUACAGCUGCAUCCACUGCCGGGCUCACCUGGCCAACCACGACGAGCUCAUCUCCAAGUCGUUCCAGGGGAGCCAGGGUAGAGCCUACCUGUUCAACUCUGUGGUAAACGUGGGGUGCGGACCAGCCGAGGAGAGGGUGCUGCUCACGGGCCUGCAUGCUGUGGCAGAUAUCUACUGUGAGAACUGCAAGACUACCCUGGGCUGGAAAUACGAGCACGCUUUCGAGAGCAGUCAGAAGUACAAAGAGGGCAAGUUCAUCAUUGAGCUGGCCCACAUGAUAAAGGACAACGGCUGGGACUGAGGGCAGAGGCCGCUCACACACACACACACACACACACACACGCACAUGGGGACAAACACGGACACACACAAACGGAUGGACAGUGGCCGGGUGCACCGAUACUAAGAGGGGGGAGAGGUUUGGGGUGGCAGGGUUGGGUCGGGGUGGGGGUGGGGGUAGGGGUGGUGUGGCCCGCAGUUGAUGAGAGUGUGAGACAUUGAUUUGGCUGAUAUAUCUUUAACCCCCUGUAACAAACAACGCCCCAAUCCUUCAUGGUUUUCCCCUCUCGAGACCCUUCCAUGUACAGUGACCGCACACACAAACACACACACACACACACACACCUGGCCGUGGCGGCAACGUCUGACCCCUCCGGGUAAACAGCCGAGGUGAGAUGGCUGUGUCUAUAGGGAGAGACGUUACAAAAACAGGUUACAAAAACACACAGUCAACACUAAGACACACACACACUUUCAUAUGUUCACAUACACACACACACACACACACACACACACACACACACACACACACACACACACACACACACACACACACACACACACACACACACACACACACACAAACAUCUAAACCUCCAUGCAUGCAAACAACCUCGCACAAACUAUAUACAGGUUUUGAUAUAUGUUCAGAGAGACAGUCUGGACACACAUACACACACGUUACAGAAAUCCUAGUUUGUUAGUGAAGAUAUAUAUAGCAAUAGAAAGAACAGGUUUGUUAGAGACAUACUUACACUGUUUGAAACCAGCAGUAGGUGAGAGGAGGAGGAGGAGGAGGAGGAGGAGAGGUGGUGGCGGAGGAGAAACCAAACGCUCCCAUUUUCUUUUUUGGAAUGUAACAGUACAGUAGGAAGUACAAAAAAAACACCACUGGAAGCUUUCUUACAGCAUGUUAGCCCUCUCUUAGCUCUUAGCGUUCUGGAGGGUUGUGGGGACGCUGUGAACACACGGCCGAGGGGAGAGAGAGGGGAGCAGCCCGUCGGCUGGCUGGCCUGACCUGGCACAGUUCACCCCGGCCCUGUUCUCCCAGCUGGCGGCCAGUCGCUCUGUCCUCAGCGUGGCUGAGCUUAUUGGACAUGAUGACAACGGUGUCCACCAGAUCACAACAGGGCCAGGGAUGAGGCCUGGGGUGGAGGCCCUGUUGAAGGUGAGGCUGGCCCAGUAGGGAGGGCUAGGGUCUGGCAUGGGGGCCAUGGGGAGGUGGGAGAGCCUCCUAGACAGAGGGAGGCUGGCCACCAGUGGCCCAGUAGGGAGGGCUAGGGUACGGGGGUAUUUCUCUGAAGCGAUCGGCUGGUCAGGUAUGCUGGCUGGAGAUUAACAGUGACCAGGCUCAGUAGGGGCCGCCGGUGCCGGGACUAGGGCAACAAACAGCUGUCAGACCCGACUCAGAACAACCCCCCCCCACACACACCUCCUCUUUCCCUCUCUAUGAAUCUGAUCCCCUUUACAGCAGCAAAAACAGGGCCUUUGAAUAUGAUUCCUCCUUCGGUACACUAGCUGUGUAAUGCAACCCGCAGGGCCUCUGUGUGUGUUUGUGUGUUUGUUUUUGUGUGUGUAUGUGUGUGUUUGUGUGUAUGACGGCCGGUCGGCAGCACGCAUCACAGCGGCCGCCGUUAGCAGCUUUGGACAGGUUGUUCCACACAACGUAAGCGUGUCUCAGGUUAACUACCUUUGGCUGGGUUUCCCAAAGGUAAUGCAAGCACCAUAUGCGUCUUUCUGCCAUUUUAGGUCGACGGACAACUAAAGUGUGACAGUGCACGGCUAGUGCUCUGGAUUGUUCCAAAAGAAAAAUAUUGAAAAUAAUAUUGAUGUUUCCAAUUGGCUCUUUCUGAAUCGGAGUGAGAUUGUCGUGGGAAUCGAGAUAAAUUGUAUUUUGUUUACUGCACUCGGUGACAUUUUCAGUGGAUGGAGUUAUGAAUUGACAUGAUGGAAGGAAUAUGUUUUAUAGUUUUCACUCCAAGGCUCUCCCAGUGUGGGAGGACUGUCCCUGUGGGAUAUUCCUCGGAAAAUAGGUCCUUGACUUACUGCCCUAAUGAAACAAUUUCUGCCCAGUUAAAAGGAACACAUUUACAGGCAAAAGCAAUAUGGCAAUGUUUGAAUGAAACGUACAGUUGAUCUCCUACUCGGUUGUUUUUUCAGACUUAACAGGAAAUCUCCUUUUUGAUCACUCUGGUCCCUCUGUUGUGUACGGUGUCAGGCAUUAUGCCCUGUUGGUUUGGACACCAGGUUUAAACGGGGAGGGUGAGUAAUUAUAACUUAUUUUUGCACUGGGCAAGGAACCCAUUUCAUUAAUUUUGUAUUCUUUUAUUGUGUUUUGCUUUGUUUCCUGUCUAUGUUAAACAAUACCCCUUAGAAAAAACAUGCCGACUUGACUAAAUCCAAACAGAAACAGCUUUUAACGUUAAAAUUGUUAUUCUAAACCAUGGCAACUCACUGAUUCGCCGUGAUUGUUCCCAAGCAACCAAAGACUCCCGUCCACUAAUGAAUAAAUUGACCAAACAGAAAUAUCAAAAAGGGUAACAAAACAGGGGUGUUGUGUGUAGCUGAAAGCAAAGGUUGUAGAUAGCCUUUCUCUGUGAUAUAUUGCGUUAAUAUAUAAUUUGUAAAAGACAGAUAAUAAUAUAUAUAUGAAAAUACGUAUAUUCUAUGGACUUUAUUCACCGUGAGAAUUGCAUUCAAUGUCCACACGUGUUACAGAGUGUAAAUAGCGUUAAUGUACUGUGUUUUAUCGACGUAUGAUGACAAAUGAAGACUCAUAGGCAAAGUCAUGCUUCUUCUCUGGUACCCCAUAUUGGCUGUACGAUACUUAUUACGUUUUUUCUGAAAAUGUUCUAAUUUUAAUGUUUUUGUAAUGGAGGAUGCUGAUGCCGACUGUAUAUCAUUGCAUCUUCGUUCAAUUAAAAUGCACCUUGAUAUCUGUAUGGA